AUGAAGUUUGUUGCGCAGAACACGGUCGGCAUUGACGUGUUUGUAGUAAAGACCGAGCCAAUACUGGUCUUUGACGGUAUCCUGGUGGUGUGUAUAUUUGUACCAAGUUUCAAUCACGAGCGGUUUCCAGAGCUCGUUGGCGGAGAAAAUCAGAUAAAGCUGAGAAUUGGUGGCGCGCAAGUUGAUCCAAUCUUCUGCGUGCAAAUUCUCGGCGAUCAGGUACCACACCUCAACCGGAAAUCGGUUCCUGGGAACAACGGUCUGCCCGAAAGCAUUUCUGCGAGAAUGCAGCCAACCGACCACACGUCGAUCGCGGUGGUGUAUUCCUGGAAUGUGAGCAUGAUCUCCGGCGCACGGUACCAUCUCGUAGCCACGUACUCGGUCAUGAACCCAAAGUUGUCCUCCUGGGAGGCCACCGAACGCGCGAGUCCAAAAUCGCAGAUCUUGAGGUCGCAGUUGGAAUUCAGCAGCAAGUUCGAAGGCUUAAGGUCUCUAUGGAGCACGUUGGCGGAAUGCAAUGCCUUCAAUGCACGAAGUGUCUGA